AUGGACUUUGUGGAGAAGGCAGAGAAAACACUCGCCACGUAUUCAACAACUAGAGACCUGUGUUCGGCAGUAGUAUCUAAUGAGUACAACCCUGGAUUACCCCAUUUCACAAGGAGUUUAGUGUGGAAGCUUACUUUGAUUACAGAAUAUUUCAAGUCCAAACCACAUUUGCCUUCAUCGAUGAAAGUUGAUUAUUCGGUUUUGACUCAGACUCGAAACACUUAUCAGAAGUACAGUGAGAAAUACCCAGUACCGUGGAGUUUACUGCAGCAAAAUGAUGAAUUUUACCAAGAACAGGAUGCUUCUGUUGAUCCCCUUUCUAACACAGACGAUUUAGCCAAACUGCAGACUUUGGUGACAGAUUGUAAACGCCUGUUUCCAAGUUAUCCCAAUUUAUUUAUCAAGGACAAGGAGAACUCUAGAAAUAUCAUCACAUCUUUAUUUAUAUGGUGGAAGCUCAACGACGAUGUAAAUGAUACGAACUCUGGGUAUCGCCAAGGCAUGCAUGAGAUCUUUGGACUGAUCAUGAUCAGCUUGAUCAAAGAACAGCUACCACAAGGGAAACCAGAGCAAUUCUAUACGAAGCAUCCGGUGGCCCAAUUGUACGGUCCCAAAUUUACACAUAUUGACUCGUUUACGAUAUUCAAUCGCAUGAUGUAUAAGCUGGCUCCAUCAUUUUUUCAGGAAGACAAUUUCAUCCAAGAAUCCAUUAAAUUUGACAUUCUAUUUCACAACUGUGACCGAUACCACCAUCAAUAUCUGACGAAGACGUUGAAGAUUGACUCUUCAAUAUGGCUGAUCAGAUAUUAUAGACUAUUACUAAUACGGGAGUUGGGACUCUCGUCUACAGUUCUAACGUGGGAUAAGAUUUUUGCCUUUAGUUAUCUACACAAGACCAAAGACAGCAAUCACAUUGAAUUUGCGUUCCUGAUCCCUUACAUUGUUGUUCUUUUAAUCACCAAACUUAAGCCGCAGACAUUGGCAUCAGAGUACGACCAAGUGCUUUACAUGUUACUUCACUACCCCAUCAAACAUAGAAACGAAGAGAAUAAGGACGAUCACUACCAUUUUAAACCUGUCGUUGUCGAUAUAAACCAACUUGUCACUGAUGCCAUCACACUUUCUAACACUGUCGAUAACGCAGAGGCAUUCUCCCGCUUAUCGAAGAAGGUCAUAGAAAGAUAUUCGGGGUUAAAGCUAGACGGCAGUAAGCCUAAUCACUCCAUAAUGUCGUCUGAUUUUCUGAAAAAUCGCCUGGAAUUACGGCUCAACAAGAAAGUCAAACAACUGAUGGAAAAAUAA